ACAAAAUGGCGUUUGAUGGAAAAGACGUUCUUAUGGUGGUCAUAGUGGGUUGUUUUUUUUAUAAUCAGCACGUACAUGUAGACACAUGUGCUUUUAAUGGAGUAAACAUCGUUAAUAAUUGUUUGGGUUUGGAUACAUUAGUUUAAGCGCACUUUGUUGCUUCCCAUACUAGCUUAGCUUGCUAACUUGGCUUGCUAGUUAGCUUAGCUGGUUAGCUUAGCUAGUUAGCUGCUAACAAAGAGACGCGGUUUUAUCAACACAUCGCUAAGCAGAGAUCAAGUGUGAGUGUAAAGUGUUGUGAUUGUGUGAAAAUGUGCGAAAGAUCGAUAGCAAAGUACGAGGAGGACCUUUCUCCAACAAAAGAGACCGAGCGACCACAUCAACUACUGGACGCUGUUUUCAAGAAAUAUCAAGUUGUGUUACACAGAACAGACGUCCAGCAGCGCUCCCACAUUGAAGAGGAAGAGGAGGAGCCAGAGCCCCCCCACAUUAAAGAGGAAGAGGAAGAAGUGUGGAUCACUCAGGAGGGAGAGGCUGAUCUCACCAAGUUUCCACUGACUGUUGUCUCUGUGAAGACUGAAGACCAUGAAGACAAACCACCUGAGUCAUCACACCUUCAUCACAGUCCAAAGGUCUUUGAAAAACACCUUCUCCCUGAGCAGCAAGAAUGGAGCUUCAGGAUGGAACAGGGGGAGCCACAGCCCUCCCGCAAUAAAGAGGAAGAUGAUGCGCCACAGUCCUUGCACAUUAAAGAGGAAGAAGAGAACCCACUGAUCCCCCACUUUAAAGAAGAGGAGGAACACAGCAUCAGUCAGGAGUCCCCAGUAAUUGCUGUGAUUGUGAAGAGUGAAGAUGAUGAGGUCAAAGGUGAAAGCGAGGAGAAGAGAGAGGCGGAGCCUCCAAGCAGCAGCUCAACUCAACACAUGACAACAGAAGCUGAUGGAGACCACUGUGGAGGAUCACAAGCAGACAAGCUCUUAGCUCCACUAUCAGAUAGUGACGACACAACGUCUCACUCUCCUGACAUUGAUGAUGAAGACUCUAAAGAUGAUAAGACAUGUCACACUGACAACACACGCUUUAAAUGUUCUCACUGUCACAAAACUUUUAGAUUCCGUUGUACUCUAAUAACACACGUGCGAAAACACACUGGAGAAAAACCAUUCUUGUGCUCAGUUUGUAAUGGAAGAUUCUCUACAAAGUACACUUUGGACAAACACACCUUGAUACACACUGGAGAAAAACCUUUUAUCUGUUCAGUCUGUCAUAAAGGUUAUAGACAAAGACAUGAUUGGAAAGUACACAUGAGAACACACACUGAAGAAACAGUGUUUAGUUGCAGUGUGUGUGGUGAAAGAUUCUCUUCUAAGUACCAGUGUAAGAAACACAAGUGUGCUGGUGAGAACAGCAGCAGUUGGGGGGGCAACGGGACUCAGAUGGUAGUGUGGCCGUGCCAGCCAACCCAGGGUUGCUGGUUUGUAACAAGCGUCCAUCAUCCGAGUCACGGCUGUAGUGUGCUUGUUCCCAGUACCCCAACUUUGUACGCAACCACUGGGUCCCUAAUGCUCUCAGUUGCCGAUGAAACAAAAAGCUCCAAUCCAUGAGGAGGACCUGAUGUUCAAUUUGCUC